CUGGGCCGGGGCGCGAGCGGCGUCGUGCGCAAGGCCUACCGGCGGUCCGACGGCCUGGGGGUAGCGGUGAAGACGAUGGACCUCCGCGCGCUGCGCAUGCACGGCGGCGACGCGUUCAAGAUCAAGAAGCUGCGGCGCGAGGUCGACGUGCUGCGCACGCUCGAGCACGAGAACAUCGUCCACCUCUACGGCGCCUUCGGCGACGACGACACCGUGCGUUUGGUCAUGGAGCUCGUCGAGGGCCGCGAGCUCUUCGACGCGAUCCUGAGCCGGGGCCACUACACCGAGGCCGACGCGCGGCCCAUCUUCGUCCAGCUGUUGAAGGCCGUCGACUACAUGCACCAGCGCAACGUCAUCCAUCGGGACCUCAAGCCCGAGAACGUCCUAGUGACGGGCGACGGCGAGGACGUCGUGAAGCUCGUCGACUUCGGGCUGAGCAAGCACGUCGCGUCGGCCCACGGCGGGUCGAGGGCCCACACCAUGGUCGGCACGCCGUCCUACCUCGCGCCGGAGGUCGAGCUGCAGAAGCCGCGCGCUCGCGACGGGUCCAUGGCCUACGACGCCAAGGUCGACUCCUGGUCCCUGGGCGUGACGCUCUAUGUGAUGCUCGUGGCGCGCUUCCCCGUCUACCACCGCGACGAGCGCGGCCGCAUCUUCGGCGUCAAGGUGCCGCACGCGCUGUCCGCGCCCGCGCGGAAGCUCGUCGAGGACCUGCUGAACGCGGACCCGGAGGUCCGGGCGACGGCCGCCGACGCCCUGGCGUCGCCCUGGUGCGCCGGG